CUUGAUAGAAAAAAAAAAAGCCCCCCCUAUCUGAGUCUUCAGGUGUCUGGAUCAUGCAACUAACGAACCUCCACGUUCCAUUUCCCGGCUAUAAAAUCCACCACGCCGCCCUCCUGAUUCCUUUCAUUCACAAGGCUCCGUAUCCUCUCUCCAAUUCGGCCAUAUCUCUAAUUAAGGCGAUCGAGCAUGAACUCCGGUGAGGUUGCAAGUGUUCUUCUACCUCCCGUAGUACACUUUCCACCACCAGAUGCAAGCACGGUUUCUUUCGAACCCCAUCGUUACCAGUACCACCAGAUAGCCGCCGCACACGAUCAUUUCCUAUUCCAGUACUGCCACGGUUUCGUUGACGACGAGCCGUUUCCUCUUGAUAACCCUCCGCCUCCAGCGCCGGCGAUCCGCAAUAACGGGUCGACGACGAGCUCGGACGAGCCCGCGGCGGGCGCCGAGCGGCAGCGGGCGGAGGAGAGGAGGAAGAGGAGGGUGGCGUCGAACAGGGAGUCGGCGCGGCGGUCGCGCGUGCGGAAGCAGAAGCAGCUGGGCCAGCUCCGGGCGCAGGCGGCCCAGCUCCGGGACGCAAACCGCGAACUGCUCGACCGGCUCAACCGCGCCAUCAGGGACUGCGCCCGCGUCGUGCGAGACAACUCGAGGUUGAGGGAGGAGCGGGCCGAGCUGCACAGGAGGCUCCGGGAGCUAGUCGUCCCCGUGCCCGUGGUCGAUGGUGAUGCCGGCGUGGAGGUGGAGAGCAGCGUCGCCGGUAUUGAUGAAGAUGACGAUGAGUCUAUCAUGGUUGCAAUCGCAACCACGUAGAAAGCAAAUUGCAAAUUCUCUGGGUACACGGGGUGUCCCAGCAAGUGGCUUCCCUCGUACUUCCGUUCAAACAAAUAUGUUUCAAGUUUGACUAAAUUUAAAUGCAUAUACUAAGUCAUGUUUAGAUACAUUUAAAUUUUGACAAACUUGACACAUCUUUUGUUGGACGGAGGAAGUAUAUUUUUUUUACUUCAUUUUUUCUUCUUUUCUUCGAUCAAAUCUUUGGUCUAUGGAUGGGUUUGACUCUGUUAGGUUAAGGGUUUGGUACCAAUUAAUUGCCAACAUACAACAAGUAUAUAAAUAGGUACUAGUAGAGUGCCCGUGCGUUGCUACGGUUUGACAAGACCACGAGCUACAUUAAUUUUCUGUGUAGCAAAACCCACCCAUGGAUAUCCGACCUAGAUGGUUAGUUCAUGGAUCGACGUUUACGUCUAUGGGUCGCCCGAUUAUUGAUGUGUAGGGUAUGGAUACGGUUUAUACAUGUGGAUAUUUGUAUAGUCGAUGCCCUUUCUAAAGUAUGCUGCUACAUAAUUUUGAUCUAA